UAGCUCAAGGACUCAACAGGGGAUGGGAUUUGAACUUACAACCUUCUGGUCACAAGUGCAGCACCUUAGAGACCACCAUGCUAUGGUUAUAAUAAAUGUUAAAUGUUAUGGUUAUAAUAAAUGAUAAAUGUGGAUGAUGUGAAGCUUAAAACGUAAAGCUUCUUUGGUGCGUAAACACGUCUUUCAGAAAAUGCACCACAGAGCGUCAACAUUUUGUGCACUUUUCUGGCCACAAGCUCCAGAAUCUUGAAGGUUGCAAUCUGAUUGGCUCUUCUGUGUAUGCACUUCCAUGCUCUGUUUACAGCAAGAAAAUGAACUUUUUAAUAUUGUGACAAUGAUCUACAGACCAAAAUAUUCCCUGGAUUAAAUAAAAGAGUUAUAUCUAUCUCUCUCUCUCUCACUAUCUUUCUGCACCUAUCUGUCUUCAUCUCUCUCUCUUUCUUGUGUUCUGUCUGUCUGUCUGUCUCCCUCUGUAUCUUUCUCUCUGUCUGGCCAUCUCUCUCUUUAUCUCUCUCCUUCUGUCUGUCUCUCCAUCUUUCUGUCUCUUAUAAUAAUUCUUUCUCUCUUUUCCUCCCUCUGUCUCUUUUUCUGUCUCUCUGUCUUGUCCCAACUCUCUCUGUCUCUUUCAAUAUCUCUCUUUUUCACUGUCUCUCUCUGUCUUUCUUUCUGGCUCUUUGUCUCUCUCACUGUCUUUUCUCUAACCGUCUGUCUCUGUCACUUUCUCUCUGUCUUUUUCAGUGUCUCUGUUUUUCACCCUGACUCUCUUCUCUCUGUGUCUCUCUCUCUGUCUCUCUCAGCCUGUUUCUGUUUCUCUCUCUCUCUCUCUCUCUCUCUCUCUAGUUUUUAUAAUCCUCAGGUCAGUGAGAGUCCAGGCAACAUGAAAUAUACAUCUUCCUCCAGGCCUCAGACUCCCUAAAACUCAUCGUCUGCUCCACAACAGCCGCAUGGCCUUUCACUCCGUGUGUGUGUUCACUUCUCUCCAAGGUCACUUUACAUUAUGCACACUCUCUGGACAGUAGGAUGUUCUUUUGAGUUGGAAUCUACAUACAGGUGCACAUCUCCACCGCACUGUCUUCCACCACCAUCAGUUUCAAGCACAUUCUCUUUAAAAAAUCAGCUAAAAUCAUACAGGCGUUCAUAAUAUUUUACACUGUAUUACAUUGUAAAAGAUCAAUCUGCCUCCAGUCAUGUUGAAUUGGAAAAAAAACUCAGUGGAGUGGAAGUCUGCAGGUUUGUGAGAUGGAGAGAGGAAGUAGAGAAAUAAAAAUGAAAUGACAAUGAGGAUAAGGGACCGAAGCCCUCGGGUGCGUACGUGUCACAGUUGUUUAUUCUGAUAAACGUCUUUAAACGCAUCACACGCCCUGAUGCCUGCACACACACACACACACGUCUGCGUCUGUCUCUGCUCCGGUUCCUCCGGCUAGCGUGACCAGUGAGAGAGAAAAGAAGGAAAGGAGGGAGAGUGUGUUAAGACUCUUCUCCCCCCCCCCCACAGACACACACAGUAUGAAACUUGCUGGCACUUCUCAGAAAGCUUGAUGUGGUUUGUGAGUCCAGCAGUGUGGGUGGAGAAGAGUGUGUGUAGGGGGAAGAUCUUGGUCCUACGAUUUUGGAGCACGUAGCACCGUUCCUCGAGCAAGAAAUAGAGCAGAAUGUUCGCACAACUGCAGAAGGUUGUGUGGAUUUUGGUGUUUUUUCGGUUGUUUGGUGUCCUCAGGCUCACUUUUGGCAGGGAGAUGAAAUCUCCGAAUGGUAGGUCUAAGCCCAUGUCACCCUCUGACUUUCUGGACAAGCUGAUGGGAAAGACUUCAGGCUACGACGCUCGCAUCAGACCCAAUUUUAAAGGGCCUCCUGUCAAUGUCACCUGCAACAUCUUCAUCAACAGCUUUGGCUCUGUCACAGAAACAACUAUGGACUACCGCUUGAACGUGUUCCUCCGGCAGCAGUGGAACGAUCCUCGCCUGGCGUAUAAGGAAUACCCUGACGACUCGCUCGAUCUGGACCCCUCCAUGCUGGACUCCAUCUGGAAACCCGAUCUAUUCUUCGCUAACGAGAAAGGCGCCAACUUCCACGAGGUCACCACCGACAACAAGCUGCUGAGGAUCUUUCAGAACGGGAACGUCCUCUACAGCAUCCGGUUGACUCUGAUUCUGUCCUGUCCGAUGGAUCUGAAGAACUUCCCCAUGGACAUUCAGACCUGCACCAUGCAGCUAGAGAGCUUCGGCUACACCAUGAACGAUCUGAUUUUCCAGUGGCUGGAUAAAGGUCCUGUGCAGGUGGCUGAUGAUUUAACGAUGCCGCAAUUCGUUCUGAAAGAGGAGAAGGACCUGGGAUACUGCACCAAGCACUACAACACCGGUAAGUUCACCUGCAUCGAGGUGAAGUUCCACCUGCAGAGGCAGAUGGGAUAUUAUCUGAUCCAGAUGUACAUUCCCAGCCUGCUGACAGUCAUCCUGUCCUGGGUUUCAUUCUGGAUCAACAUGGACGCCGCUCCUGCUCGAGUCGGCCUCGGCAUCACCACCGUCCUCACCAUGACAACGCAGAGCUCCGGCUCCAGGGCCUCGCUGCCCAAGGUGUCCUAUGUGAAGGCGAUAGAUAUCUGGAUGGCGGUGUGUUUGCUCUUCGUCUUCGCCGCGUUGUUGGAGUAUGCCGCUGUGAACUUCGUCUCUCGGCAACACAAAGAGUUCUUCAGACUCAGAAGGCGACUGCAGGAAGAGCGACGUCAAAGGGCCGCUUCAGGUCAGUUUGGUGGAGCCGAGACGAAAAGCAAGAGCAACGAUGUUACAGGCAGCACAACGUCCUACAGGAACACAAAACACUGCAAUGCCUGUGCACAGGAGUUAGCUCAACACAAUCAGGAUUUCUUCUUGUCCAGUUUUGGUUUGGACGUCCACCUGUCCGGAGACGGUCCCCUCUCUGAGGCGGCGGCCAUGUUCGCCUCUCUGCCUCCAGGCCACUCGCUGUUCCAGAUCCGCCGCCGCUUUAUCGACCGCGCCAAACGGAUCGACACCAUCUCGCGCGCCAUCUUCCCUCUCAGCUUUCUCAUCUUCAACGUCUUGUACUGGCUCACGUACAAAGUUCUGCGUAACGAGGAUCUACACUCCGUCCUGUGAGUGAAGAGAACUGAAGGACACUACACCACAGCAGCGCUUUCACACCACCGUCAUGGUUUCACUGAAAGAACUGAAUAAAUCAGCAAAGUGUGGGAGAUCUCGUGGAAAUAAACAAGACGCGAGGAACAGACUUAUAGGAGCAUCUUGUUCGGUUCCCGUGUAGCUUUCUUACGUUAUCUUACGACAUAACACUCCUGCCUGAUCCCUAACCUUACGUUUACACUAUCAAGUGACAAGUCGCUCAUGUCGCUUGUACUUUAUCUCUUGUGGACGUGUAGCAACUGUUACUGUUGUUGCUUGUGGGUGUGACCCAUCCAGCAUUUUUUUUUUUACUGAGAAAUGGAAUUAGCUAUAUAUAGCUAACUAGUUAAACACCUAUAAAUUUAUGCACUUAGUGUAAAAAUUUGUUGUUUGAUUUACAUGCUAUAUGCUUUGGAAGAUUAGCAAGGCAAGCUAACUGUACUAGCUAAAUGUACACUCAGCAGAGGCAUCAAUGAUCUUUACUUCCUUCCAAGCUUUAUUUUUUCUUCGUAAUUUCUUCGUAAGAUGGAGCCAGCUUUCAGUUUUUCAACCAUUUUUGUAUCAGACAGACAAAACAAAGGUCAACGGUCAGUAAUCAAUCCAAAAAUCUCUCACCAAAACCAUGUACACUUAGCAGAACUUACCCAGAAGGCAUUGCAAUGCAACAUAGCAGAACAGCAAAAAAGAAACACAAGUGGGCAAAACACAUGUAAACAGGAGCAAUAAAAUAUUUAAUACUGGUUUCAUAUUGUGUUUUAUGAAGCCAAUCCCCACCUGUUACUUUAUUCCGCUAGCAGGUUAGCUUGGUUAUGUUAUGUUUCUGUAUGUUGUGUGCAUUUUUAACACUGCCAUUGGUUAGUGUGUUUGGAUAGAUCAAUCUGCUUCCUGUUAUAGGGACAGAUUUAGGAAGGUAUUAGAUGCUGGUGCUAGCUACACUGAUGCGUCAACGUGUCCGCCAUAUUGGAAGGAGGGUUCAAACGUGAGCACCAAAUUUCCUUUGUCACAGACGACACAGUUGAUAUUUUCAUUGAGUCCAAUUUCUAAAAACUGUUAGAAAAGCAGCAGUGUGUAUCUAAGUGUAGCAGAUGGUCCAAUCAGCAAGGAGAGGCGUUACCAUAGCAACACACUACAUGCAACACAAACCACUUAUUUCCUUAGAAAUGAAUAAAGGGGUGAAAUAAUAUCUCACAAUCCCGAACACAUUCCACAGCAGCCCACAGGAAGUGGAGUCACUUCCUGUGGAGAUACAAAAGCAGUGUUUCAACAACUCGUGUAUAUCCACACACAGGACCACGCACACUGACACCAAUCUGUCAAUCGCGUCUUCCAGAGCACUACGAAUGUUUGUCAUGAAUCACAGUUAUGAUAUCUCAAAGCGAUGGCUUAUGUCAGUGAUUCAGCCCCGUGUCAGAGGAGUCUCCUUCCCUGUGGCUAAAAGAGAAAUCCCAAAGAGGUGAAGAAGAGAAUCAUGAGGUACAAACACACCCUGACCUCCUCAGCACCCAUGUUCCAUGCUAACAAGUUCUGAGGAGACACAUAGCAUAAAUAAUCUACAGCUAUAACAGCAAAGAAAUCUGAAAUACUUCAAGCCAUUGAGCAGGAAUAGAUGCAAGUCGUACGACAGAAUAACACAAUCCUCUUGAUGUUAGCUUUUUAGUUAGUGACUUUGGCAGCAUCAGAUGUUACCACACACCUGAUUUUAUUACUAUAAAGGCAAGCUAGCUGUUAUAUUUGCUGAUAUUUGUGUGUAUGAAUCUGUUAACACCCCACCUACAGGAUACAGAGCAUCUGAUAUGCCAGAUAAUGCCAUAGACCAAUCUGUAUAUUCAUUGAAUCAUGAUUAUUUGCAUACGCAAAUUAAUGAAAUUAACAAAAUAGAAAAUAAUAUAAUUUUACUUAAAGUGGCUGAGUGUCCAAGAGGGUAAAAUUGUGCUCUCUCUCGCUGUCCUAUCAAUCACAGUAACACUAGCCAAUCAUAGGCAUCUGUGAGCUCAUGUAUGUGGAAGAGGGCAGAUAGCGCUUUCCUCCGAGUGUGUUACGCUGCCCAGAGACGCACAAUGUGCAGCCGUUCGAAAAGAUGCGGUUGGCUGGCUUCAUGUGAAUCACCCUGUGAAACACAGGUAGUGAAGCACAUGAUCCCCUUCUCCCUCCCUGAUUGGUUGCUACUAUAUUAUAAGGGAGACCUAGCUGGUGAGUGGGAAUUUGCCAAGACUAAAUUAGGGAGAAAAUCUCAGGGAGAGGGGUUAGAACAGCAAAGAAGUCAGGGAAAUAAACACAAAGGAAAUGAUUACAGACUGAAUAACACUU